AUGUUGAAGUUAAAGUUUUUGUGCAUCUUUUGGUGCAUUGUCCUUAGCAAAGGCCAAAUUUCCGAGCUUGAUGACGCCGAUCUCACAACAGUAACCAAUGCGUACGACAUUUCAUUCAGCACGCUUCCUUCAACAACUAACGUAGUGCACACCGUGGCGCAGGAUUUGGACAUCACUAGCAAUCCCCAGUUGGCCGAUGCCCUCACACGCAUCAAUGGCGGUCGACCCGCUGCUCAAAUCGUUCCCUAUCAGGUCUCACUGCAGGUAUUUCGACGUGGUCGUUACCAUCAUUUCUGUAGCGGUUCCAUUAUCAGUACUAACCAUGUCCUCACCGCCGCCCACUGCUUGACCAAGAUGACUGCCAACGAGAUCACCGUUGUGAGCGGUACAUUGACAUGGCGCAAUGGUGGUGACCGUCAUCGGGUUGUAGCAAUGCGUUCACAUCCGAGCUUCUCAUCGAAUUCGCUCAUCACUAACGACAUAGCCGUAUUGAAGGUAACGCCGCCAUUCAAUUUGGGCAAAUCCUCAAUUGGAACCAUUGCGCUGGGUGGCCGCGCUCGCAUCGGCGAGAAUGUCGCAGUGCGUUUGACAGGUUGGGGCUCCCUUACGCCCACCGGAUCGAGUGGCUUGCCAGAGCAGCUACAAGUGCUGGACUAUCGAACUAUUUCGAAUCAGGAGUGUGCGCAACGUGGCUUUCGCAUAACUGCCAAUGAGCUGUGCACGCUGGGCGAACGCGGACGCGGUGCUUGUGUGGGUGACUCUGGAGGCCCACUUAUAACUGCGCAUGGCACACCACAGCUGGUCGGAAUCGUUUCUUAUGGCACCGCAACAUGCGCUCAGGGUCGACCCGAUGUUUACACAAGAGUGUCAAGCUUUCUGCCAUACAUUAAUAAAGUAAUAACCAGCGAAAUACCGUGA